UGUUAGAUUUGUAUUUGACAUUGUUUAAAUCAUGCAAAUGUUCUUUCACAGCUUCACAAAUGGUCAAAACCUGAAGGCAGAGUUGCUGCUGCCCUCUUCUAGAGAAAUGAAACUCAGCCAACUUACUGGAAAUGAUUGUAAUGUUGGGGGACGUGCAGAUCUGCAGUAUUUCACUGCACACACACAGACUGUGACAGAAGCUGAUAGACGAAGAGCUGAAGACAUGGAGCAAACGCUUCACAAAUGGUCAAAACCUGAAUGCAGAGUUGCUGCUGCCCACUUCUAGAGAAAUUAAACUCAGCCCACUUACUGGAAAUGAUUGGAAUGUUGGGGGACGUGCAGAUCUGCAGUAUUUCACUGCACACACACAGACUGUGACAGAAGCUGAGAGACGAAGAGCUGAAGACAUGGCACAAAAGGGAGACCUGAUCGAGAUCAGCCGUGGGUCCUAUCAGCACUGGGCCGUCUACAUCGGAGAGAAUGAAGUGGUUCAUUUAGUUAGAGAGGGUGGUAAGUCAUCUGGCUCAUCGGCAAAUCCGGGCAACAUCAAUGGAAAGGUGAAGCGUGAGGAGUUCACCGAUGUGGUCGGCAAUGACAGUUACCGGGUCAACAAUCUGCUGGAUAACAGCCGUAAUCCUCGUGAUCCUUCCAUCAUAGUGGACGAGGCCUGUGCGAUGGUGGACCGCAAGCUACCGUACGACCUUGUCACUUGCAACUGUGAGCACUUUGCUACCAGGAUCCGAUACGGCGAGGCAGAGUCUCUGCAGGUGACAAUACCCUCUUUGAUUGCAAUCAUCGCAGGAACCUUUGUCGCCUUGGUCACUGGAGGCCCCGUUGUCGCCGUAGGAGUCGCAGUAGUUGGGGCAUUUGCUUUCUGUGCAGCUCUGAUUCGCAGUCGUUCCAGCAGUUAAGAGGAAGAGGAAGACAACAAGAAGAAAACAAGAACAAAUCACAAACACUGGCAACAAUGAAUGUUGGCAUGUAGCCGACAGUGAUUAUGAUUUUAACUUUUUAAAUAAACGAUUUCACUUGUGCAAUCUGGAGAGAAAAAGGUUGUUGUUCAACACAGUUAAAAGACAUUUGACCUUGAAUCAGAUAAGACAAUAAGGCAUUAAAUCAUCUGGAUGAUUAGACUAAAGACACAUCUCUGCAGACUUCACCUUGGAUAAAAGAUACAAAAUAUAUACUUCUAUAUCUGUUUAGUAGCACCUCUAUAUAUCUAGUAGCACUAAUAUAACACUUACAUAUAGCAUUUUGUAGUUUGGCUUCUUGAAGCAAAUUGCACUUGAUUCUUGUUGCUCUGGGUUUGUUCUCUCAUGGUUGAUGCUCUUAUUGUGACUUUGGAUAAAAUCGUCAGCUAUUUGAAAUGUAAUGUGAUGUGAUGUUAGGGAUGUUUCUUUGUCUUUCAUGUCAUUUGUCACUUUUUAAACGGAUCAAAUAAUCAUUUGCACACAAUUUAUUUGCAAUAAAAUAAUUUAAGAUA